GAAGGGUUGAUCAUGACGGCCGGAGGUUUCAACGGCAAAAUGUUCAUCUCCUCAGCCGAGUCGUACCUGCCCGCAGCUCAAAAGUGGCGCGAGGAACCCAGCAUGAAGGUUGCCAGGGGCCACAGCGCGAGCUGUAUGUUCAAGGGGAAGAUGUGGGUGCUGGGAGGAUGGAACCCGUACGAGUCCACUGGAGCCGAGACCAUGGACUCAAGGGCGCUGCAGUCGAUCGAGAUCUUUGACACAAUGAGGAACAUAUGGAUCAACGGGCCAGACAUGAUAUCGAGGAGAGCCUUCCACAAGUCUGUAGCCCUCAACGGGAACAUCUUCGUGCUGGGAGGGUUCGACGGCCACAAGGAUCUCGAUCUCGUCGAUCGCCUUGACAUCGAGAAGGAGUUGUGGGUGCGAGGAAGCAGCUUCCGCACUCCUCGCAGCGCUCUCUCUGCUGGCGUCAUCCGCAAUCGGAUCUUUAUCCUUGGAGGACAGAACGGCCUUGACACUUUCUGCACUGUGGAGAGCAUGGAUCCGAGGGAAGGGAAGUGGCAGCAAGAGCCCGACAUGCUCUACCAUCGUGCAAACGGGGCCGGGUUGGCUCUAGUCGGGGAUUCACUGUACGCUCUUGGAGGCUUCGACGGUGCGGCA